UAUUAACAUUGCUAUGACCAAACAACUGAAUUCUUUUUCUUUCAUUUACAUUGUUUAGUAUAUUCCAUUCAUAGUUGUAAGAUUUUAUUUUAUAUUAUUGUGCUCAGUUGGAGAGCUGCUGUAAUUUAUCAUAAGUGCUACGCAGGAACAGAAUCAGCCCUAUUCAGUUUGGUACGAUCCCUCAUCAAAAAGCUCUUCAUUGGUGGUUCAUUUGAACAUUAUACAUAAUACAUGAGUGUUUUUUACAGUGAUAAGACAUUUUGACUGACAGAUUGAGGACGCUCUGGUCUCAGACACGUGCCAAUUUGUGUUAUACUCCAAUUAUGUUGAAGUAAUAAGAUGAGUAGCUUGGGCCUAUCAUUUGUCAGAGCCUGGUUUUCGCCCACUCAAAAAGGACAAAAUGGAGUUAGUUGGACUUCUAAGAGCAGGUGAAGUGGUCUAACUCUAAAAGCACCAUCAGUGAUUUGGAGUGCUGGUUAAUGCUCAUUACGAUUCAGUGUUAUGUUCUUUCACUGUUUUCACUUUUAGGCAGAUGGCUUUUGUUAGUGAGGAAUAAGUUAAAUAUGUGUAUGUCUAAAGUAGGUAGUUUUUUUCUUUUUUUACCUUUUAACUUUUUUUUACAAAAUUGAUGCCAAAAAUGUUCCACGGUAUGACAUUAAACACAUCUAUCUAGCAUUUUUUCAUUGCAAAUGUUUCUGUUGCUCAAAAAUACAAUAAUUCUCUGUGUGAAUAGGGUUGCCUCUUCACAGAUCUUAUCUGUAAUCUAGCAAAGUUAUCUCCCUUCAUAUAGAUCUCUACCAUGGAACAAAGUAAUAACAUCUCCAAGGAGACAAGCAGGUGACAGACCCUCCUCUAGAAAUGUUGCACAGGGCACCUUUAACAUUCAUCACAGACAACCACUCAAAAAUAUAAAUACUGAAUUUCUUCACAACUACAGUUUAAUUACUUGUAAUAGUCUAUAAAGUGAUGCAAUUUUGUGGAACUAUUUUCAGGUUCAUUGUGAAGUUUUUCUGGUGAAGAUCAGACCAAGUUACAGGUCAGAUCUGUGGAGAGGCAACCCCUCUCACAGACAGAAUGCCUGUUUUUCUAGGUAUUUUUGAGCUAUAAAACCACCUGUAAUUGAAUAAAUGUAAGGUAGAGCUGUUUAAUGUCAUACUGUGGAACAUUUCAGGCAGAGCAGUGACAUAUCCAUAGAAACAAGAGAUGGUGUUAAACUCCCAACCAAAAACAUUACAUUGUGCACCUUCAACAUAUUGAAACCAUGACUUCACUUGAACCCAGUUGCACUUUUGCACUCUCAGUCCUUUACAACACGCCCCUGCACAAUAGAAACACACAGAUCCAAACCAGUGUGUCUGUGCUAGCUGUGGAAUGACAGGCCUACAGGGCGUGUCUGUGUGCAGGACUGCGAUUCAGGAGGUCCGAGUUAAACGGACAGGUGCGAGGAUGUGACCGCGACCCUCGUCUGGAACUUUGGGGGAAUUCCUCCGCUGGGUCGUCCUGCUGAUGGUGUGCGAUGCAUAGGCAGAGGCAGCACGGGGAAUGGGAGGGGAGCUGAAUUCCUUGAUGCCAGGAAUGCCCCAGACUGUGUGCACCAUGUUCAGCACUCCCAGUGGCUACAGCCCCCACCUGGCCUGCGCUGAGCCUGGGGACGAGGAGGAGGCCCCACAGGAGGGUCCGGGCUCCGGGGCCUGCCUCUCAGACGGACCCCCCAUCACCUCUGCCUCUCUGGACACUCUCAUCCAGAACCUGGUGCCCACUGCCGAUUACUAUCCAGAGAAAGCCUAUGUGUUUACCUUUCUGCUGAGCGCGCGCCUCUUCAUCCCGCCCCCAGAGCUGCUGGCCCGCGUCUGUGAGCUGUGCAUCAAACAACAGCAGCUGGACCAGAGCCCACUGGACACGGCCAAAGUGCGCAAAUUUGGGCCCAAGAUCCUGCAGCUGCUGACUGAGUGGACUGAGACGUUCCCCUCAGACUUUAGAGAUGAAAAGAUGGUUGGGCAACUGAAGGACUUCAUUCACAGGAUCGCUCCAUGUGACGAAGCGUACUGGAAGAGUCUGAACCAGCUGCUGCAGAAGCUGAGCCAGAGGUUGGCCCUGAUGAGCCAGGGGGAGGAGAGCAUCGUGAAGGUCUUGCACACUGCCUCCUCCAUCUCUGACAAACUGGUGGCCUUCAAAACCAAACCUCCACCCAUCACCAAGGACAUCCUCUCCAUCUGCAAUGACCCCUACACACUGGCACAGCAGCUCACCCACAUCGAACUGGAACAUUUGAGUCGCAUUGAACCAGAGGAAUUUGUCCAGGCUUUUGUGCAGAAAGACCCUUUGGAUGGUACACAGCCAUGCUUCAGUGACCAGAAGAAGAAAACCACAAACCUGGAGGCCUAUGUCAGGUGGUUCAACCGAUUAUGUUACCUGGUUGCUACUGAAAUCUGCAUGCCUGCAAAGAAGAAGCAGAGAGCGACUGUCAUUGAGUUUUUCAUUGAUGUGGCCAGAGAGUGCUUUAACAUCGGAAAUUUCAACUCACUUAUGGCCAUCAUAUCCGGUAUGAACAUGACUCCUGUGUCCCGCCUGAAAAAGACUUGGGGCAAAGCCAAGACUGCCAAAUUCUUCAUUCUGGAGCAUCAGAUGGACCCCACAGGAAACUUCUACAACUACAGAACGGCUCUGAGGGGGGCGGCCCAUCGCUCACGGACCGCCAACAGCAACAGAGAAAAAAUUGUCAUUCCCUUUUUUAGCCUCCUUAUCAAAGACAUUUACUUCCUGAAUGAAGGAUGUGCCAAUCGGCUUCCUAAUGGCCACGUCAACUUUGAGAAAUUUAUGGAGCUGGCACGACAGGUUGGGGAGUUUAUGACAUGGAAACAGGUGGAGUGCCCCUUUGAGGAGGAUCGGGCAAUCCUACACUACCUCCACACUGCCCCCAUCUUCAGCGAGGAUGGACUUUACCUUGCAUCAUAUGAAAGCGAGAGUCCAGAAAACCAGGUCGAGAAAGACCGAUGGAAAGCACUCAGGGCUAAUGUGCUGGCAAAGACAUGAGGCUCUGACGGCAGCUGGCCCUCUCACCAACGAGGGCGCAAGUUCUCAUUGCACUAAAACGAACUGUGAAGGAACCAAGCUGGUACUUAGGUGUUUUCUAUGAAGAAUUGAUGACAACAUGAUGAACAGGAUUCAUCAAAUGAACUUUAAAAUAAGAACAAUAACAUGUUUUAAUUAAAAAAUAUCACUAUGUUAAGCUAAAAAUAAUGCCUUUGCAGCUUCUCAGCCUUCACAAAAAGGUACAGUAUUUUAAAGCGGACCCCUCUCCUUUGCGUGUUUACUGUUGAGAAAUGUUUACUACUAUAGAGACAGUUACAGGGCAGACCACUUUAUAAAUUAAAUUCCUACUGAUAAUAUUGUAUUGUUUUAUAUUUGCUCCUCUUGCUCUAGCUAUUGUACAUUGAGCUUUAUUUCCUUACUUGUGUACUGUAACUAACAAUGACGUGAAGGGCGCUGGCUAGCCCAUAACAGCUCUCUUAUCUUUUUAUUCCUGUUAAAAUAAUGUGUAACAGAAGAGUAACUAGGCUUCUACAACAUCUCAUCUCUCACUUGUAAACCACCUGUCUGAUUUAUAUGGAUGUCUGUAUAAUCAUGCACGAGAAUGACUGGACUAUUCCUUCUUUAAAGUCAUUCCAAUGUUUUUGUUUUUUAUUUAUUGUAUUUUAUUUUAGUUGGGAAACUGUUACAAAGUGUUGGCUUCUUUUAAAUGUAUUGUGCCAUUAUUGCAAGCUAAUGAACAUUGGAAGCUUGGCGAAGUGUAAAAACUCUGUAUAGGUGACAUUUACCCAUCACUUUCUGCUACCCAGGAAGUUUUUGUUCUGACUGAUGUUCAGUUGUUUUAAUAUUUAUGGAGAUUUCUGUGCUGACAGACUUUACGUUUUUAUCGUACUUUCCUUUCGUGAACAUGAAGUACAAUGGCAUGCUAAGACACGUGUUUCAAAGGGGCAUUACCUUGCUAUUGCAACACAGUCUUUGUAAUAACAUUGUGUUGCUAUGUAUUUGAUGUAAAAGAAGAGGGAAUCUUGUGCCAUACAACAAUUCAGGCUCCUCUGACUUGAAAAGUGUUGUUUAUAGUUUUGUGGGGUCGUCAAUAAGCUUUGUUUUGGCAGUUUUUUGAUGUGAUUAGCAAAGUGUCUGAAAGGGCGGGUGGGGAGGCAGAUGGGUGGGGAGAUAAGGGAGUAACAUUGUAAUUAAUAGGCUUUUUACACUGGUCUUAAUUUACUAUACUUGAUGUCAGUGUUUUGUUUUGUUUUUGUUUGUUUGUUUUUUUCAACAAGCACCUUGCCUUCUCAAUCACAAUUCCAAUCCAUGUUUGGUCAUCUAUAAACUAUAGUUUCUUUGAGGCAACAGAUGAGGCAUUGACAUAAUAUUACUAUUCUGUUAAACAUGUGUUCAAUGACAAUCGCCUGAUCUUUUAAAUGCCACUACACUGCCAAAUCCAACUUGACCAUUGCUGUGUACAUUUUGAAAAGUGGUCUGAAUUCAUUUAGCUGUGAAGCGGUGCAUUUUUGGUUGUUGUUUUAAACAGAAAACAUCUUUAUCAUUGACAUUGCUGCAAAUGUUGUGACUAGUUGCUGAAAAGCCUUUAAUAAACCAUGUUCAUUCAAUUA